AUGGGCAUCUCUCAACAAGAGAAUGUCAAUGGUUGCCUCGACCAAUUCUGCGACUCGCAAUUCUGCCAAUUGCUGGCCGCGCUGCAAUUCAACCAGUACUCCGACGCAUCCGACGUCCUUGGUGAAGAUCUGCGCCAGCGAUUCCCCCAUGUGAUGUCAUUUUAUGAGCUGGAGAUAGGAUCGUUCCAAACAAUUAUAGCCAGAGAGCAUUGCCCGUCGUGCAGAUUCAGUCUCGCCAUACUCGAAAGCUGCGCUCAGGACAGAGGGCCUCCGGACACGAUAUACUUUGCAUCGUUUCCCAGAGGGCACUUCCGGUUCAACCUUGCCUACCACAAGCCUAAUGGCCGAGCCCACUACCUAAUGAGCAAGUUCGGGGAACAGAUCACAUUCCUCGCGAACCAUCGUAUCCAUGUUCCCGAGGCGGGAAGACUCGUGGACCUCAAAGGUGUUGAUUACCAACGUAUGAAAUCCUGGCUCGCACUCUGCGAGAAAUUUCACGAUGUCUGCCCGUCCACAGCAACUGGGGAGAGCCCGCGUCGCCAGAAUCUUCUCCCUCAUCUCCGCGUUGUCGACGUCCAGGAUAUGUGUCUAACGGACAUUCCAUGGGCGGAGAAGUAUGUCGCCCUAAGCUAUGUGUGGGGAGGGGCAAGUCCUCCUCGCCUUCUAAAAGAUGAACUGGACAUGUGGAUGGUUCCCAAUUCUAUGCAAACUCGGGCACAUACGUUUCCCCAGACCAUCCGCGACUCUAUGGAGGUGGUCAAGAGGCUCGGCUUGCGGUAUUUCUGGUUCGACUCACUGUGCCUAUUGCAGGAUGACCUCGAUGACCUUCGGAAAAACAUCAGCAACAUGGAUAUGAUCUAUGAGAGGGCAUAUGUGACUAUUGUGGCUGCUAAUAGUCCCAGUGCGGAUGGGGGUUGCCGGGUGUUGGAAGGCCGCGCGCCCCGAACCAGAUGGUACAGUGUAUAA